AGGGGAGCCAUUUAACGGCGUUAGAUACCGCCAAUGAUUUUCACACAUCUUCAACGUCCAGCAAAAACGACGUCAUCAGCCAAUAACUCCUCCGACAUUGUUUUUGGCAGAAACCGUUUCAAUAACACAACAUACUGUCUCUGUUUUUUUGCUCUCUAGACUCUAUAUAGACAGAGAGAAAACUACAAAGGUUUUUGCUCCGAGAAAGACACUUGCGGUAACACACACAUAAACAAUCAUUGUCAGUUUCUUCUUUCUUUCUUGGCUCUUCUUCAUCAUCUUGCUCUGUUCACAAACUCUUUCGAAAACAGAACAAAGAUAUACAUAUCAUCAAGAAAUGGGAAAGAAAGAUGAGAAAGUCGAAACUGUUCUUCAUUUACUCAGAAAACAAUCUCCUCUCACUCUUAACCAAGAGAAGUUCUGUAACAAAGAGUGCGUGGAGAGAUUCUUGAAAGGGAAAGGAGACAACGUGAAAAGAGCUGCGAAGCAACUACUUUCAUGUCUUUCUUGGAGACAAAGCAUUGAGAUUGAGAGGUUAGGGGCUGAGGAAUUCGCGACGGAGCUUUCCGACGGUGUAGCUUACAUCGCCGGCCAUGACGGAGACUUCAGACCCGUUAUAAUUUUCCGUUUCAAGAACGAUUAUCAGAAGUUGCGUACUCAGAAGCAAUUUUCGCGUUUAGUGGCGUUCACGAUGGAGACUGCGAUAUCGAGCAUGUCCAGAAACGCGGAACGGAGCGUGGUUCUUCUCUUCGAUGCAAGCUUUUUCAGAUCAUCCUCUGCCUUUGCAAAUCUGCUUUUACCAACCCUAAAAAUCAUAGGAGAUAAUUAUCCAUGCCGACUUUACAAGGCUUUUAUCAUUGACCCUCCCUCUUUUUUCCCUUACAUCUUGAAGGGCGUACGUCCAUUCGUGGAGCUAUCAACGCUCACGACGGUGAUCUCUUCGCUGGACUAUGACGAGCAGCUAGAUAUCAGCCACGUUUCAUUAGCAUCCUCGUCAUUAUCAUGUCCUAGAUCCGCUUCCCUACGUUUUGAUGCAUCAUCGAUUAAAUCAGCGGCCGCGAGUGGUUCAGCUUCUUCAAGAUUCGCGUUCACCGUAUCUCAUAACUCCUUGAAGCCGUGGUACCUUUCCUUUACUGACACGUCUCCUCUUAACGCAGCCGUCUCGACCGCGGCCUCUAAAAUUUCUCCGAUCAGCACGCGGUCGCUGUCUUUCGCGUCUCCGGCGACGGGUGGCUUAAUAGACGCGAGACAACCUGCAUGCAUGAGAAAGAGUGUGUUUCCCUCGACGCCGUUGCCGGAGACGAAAACGGAGACGUACCGGAAAACACCACGUCCUUCUUUCUUUCAGUCUCCGGCGAUGUUUUUUCGCGGGGAAAAAAACGUUGGCGGAGGCGAGAAGUCAUCACGUGAAGCGUUCGUACCAUAUCUGAAGUUUUACCGGAGACCGUACGAUGAGACGGCCUAUAGGUCUAAACUGCGGGGUCCACGUGGGUUUGUGUCGGUCGUGUCUUCGCACGUAAGAUGUCGUCAUGCGUCUUUAUCUCAACGGUACUAGCUAGGCUUCUAGCUAUGACGUUAAAAAUAGAGUUAUUUUCAUCUUAGGACAGUUUCAAGUUUUUUAUUACAAGAUAGAGCGGUUAUUGUUCGUAAGUUAGUUUUUUACAGCUACAAGCUAACUAAGUUUAUUCUUGUAACUAAAUGGGUCUCACAAUUCUUAAUCUCAUUUUUCUUCUCUUUCUUUAAUAUGAAAAUAAUUCUAAAAAUUACAAAAUGAAGAAGUUGAUAGAUCGUAAGUAAUGAACAAGAUGUUGAAGAACAAAAUGAAAAAUCCUGAGAAAUCCCAAGAGAAAAUCUGGAAAACAAAAUGAAGAAUAAGAUCUCUUCAUAUCUGCCACCGAAAACAAAAUGAAGAACACGGUUGUGGUUCCUCUGUUUCUUCGCCAUGAAUCAACACGACCAAACUUCUUCUUCCACCGCCAUGAAUCAACACGACCAAGCUUCUUCUUCCACGCCGUGCUCUGCAACUCAUCUACCUCGCGUUGUGGCAGUAAUAAAAAAAAAGAAGCAGAGUAAUUUUGAGCUUGAAAUAGUGUCUUAAACCAUAUUUCUACAAGUUUAAAGGUAUAAUAAGUAAGAAAAAUGAAAAAAAAACUGAUGAUUAAGGUGAGAAUAAUGGCUGGCGGCUAUAGAGAAAAAUUACAGAGAACCCUAAUCGAUUUUGAGGAAGAUGAAGUUAAAAUUACGAAAAUGCCACUCAUUAAAAGACAUGAAAAAAAAUGAUUCAUAUGUACAUGAUAUGUUGUACAUACAAUUACACUAUCCACUUGUACAACAAUACAUAUGUAAACUAUUUUGAAAUAUUACAAGUAGCUCAACAAUAAAUUCAAUUAGACAUUUACGAAUUUGUAACAUAGAUUUAAAAGUUUCAAAAUUGUAUGUUCAUAUGUACACAAAAUUAAUGUCACAUGAGAAUUCAAAACAAAGUCUAAAUUGUUUUGAUUAUGUAAAUUUUGAUUUUUUCGGACAGAGUUGGGUUAUACAUCAUGUUCGUCU